GCGAUACAUUUGUAAAGCGUGGAUCAGAUGGCUCUAUCGAGGAUAUUCGUAUCGGAUAUUUCCGAAUAUUUAUUUCAGUUUUCGAUCACCGGUAGAUGUCAGUAAAAAGCAUGAGAAGGGUAUAUGUUGAAAUGAAGUUUAUGUAUAGUAAGUUAAGUGGUUGAUCAAUAUGGGUCCAAAUCAGUAUUUAUACGUUGGAAGUCAACUCUUUCCAAACUUGAAAUAAACCAACUUGAAUCCAAAGCUAAAUUCAUUGCAGUAACUUUGUGUAUGUAAUUAAUCUGCGGGAGGAUGUGAGUUGAAUUGACUGGGCCACUUUGAAAGCCAAAACAAAUGUAGUUACGAAAGUAUAUUGAUAAUGGAUAAUCCUAGUCAUCAGGCCAAACACAGUAUAACCGACGAAAGAGUCUUCUUAGAUUUAUUGCAACGGGAUAUGGAAACACUCUGUCAAUCUUUUUGGUCAGGCAAAUGCAAUGGUCCUCAGUUUCCUGCCUGUAGUUGGGUCCUGUAUGGAAGCCCGUGCGAGGCUGUCCUGGAGACCCCGCGCUGCCUGCACCUCAAUCGUCUCGGUUGACAUGGAUGAUGAAGACGGCAGGUGCCUGCUAGAUGUAAUUUGUGACCCUCAAGCACUCAACGACUUUCUUCAUGGAUCAGAGACCCAUCUGGACACUGAUGACCUUUUGGAUGGCUCAAGUGACCCCUCAAGCUCGUUCUUCUCUACUGCUGGGGACCAUGUUCCCGAGAUCCAGCCGGCCGUCCAGCUGUCUGUCAGCGAGCCGCCAGGCCUGCCCAGAGUCAGCGUGGACCUGGACUUCCUGGAGGACGAUGACAUCCUGGGCGGCUCUCCGGGUGGCGGGGAAGGCGGGAGCAACGGCAUCGGGACCAAUCACGAGCCGUGUGACAUCCUGCAGCAGAGCCUGGCGGAGGCCAAUAUCACAGAGCAGAGCCUGCAGGAGGCCGAGGAAGAGCUGGACCUGGGAUCCUUUGGCAUACCGGGCCUGGCACAGGUGGUCCAGACUCUACCGGAUGCCAGCCUGUCUGGGGCUGGGGGCACUGCAGUCGGUGUAGGAAUAGGAGUAGGUGUCGGGGGAGCGAUCUUCCCGGGGCCAGGCCCUAGUAUCACUGCCACACCUCCCAAUGCCACGGCUGACAUGCUGGGAUCAGUCCUGGCUCAUCAGGGCCUACAGCUCCAGUCCCAGGUCAUGAACAAGGCUAUAAGUGUUCAGCCCUUCAUGCAGCAAGUAGGCCUUGGAAAUGUAACUCUUCAACCGAUUUCAAGUCUCCAAGCUCUUCCUAAUGGGAGUCAGUCUGGACAUUUGGGCAUCGGACAGAUACAAGUAGUGGGUCAGCCCACUGUUAUGACUAUAAACCAGUCUGGGCAGCCUAUCCUGGCCAAAGCCAUGGGUGGCUACCAGCUGCACCAGCCGGGGCCUGAGGCUGCCGGCGCAGGGACGCAGGCGGGGCUCGGAGGAUCCGUCCUGAGCUCUGGAGGGGGACUUUUGAUCCAAGGGGGCAAAGCCACUCUGGGAUCUCCUGCUUUAAACGGACCUGCGGUAUGCGUCAGCAGCAGCACCAGCAGCAGCAGCAGCACUAUGACGACUCCUGCUGGCCUCGUGGGCUUCGGCAAUACCCCCCUGAGCACGGGGCUCGGACCCCAGGCACAAGCGCAAGGUCAAAUCAUGCAGAUCAUCCAACGCACUCCGACCCCCAUCCAACCCAAACCCCCCCAAGGGGGAGCCAUCCAACCCAAAAUCUUCAAGCAGCAGCCGCAGCAGCAGCAGCAGCCAGUGCCCCAUCCCCUGCAAAACGAUGCCAACAAGGCUCUAGGGGUGCAGCAAGUCCCAGUUUCCGCUGCUCAGAAUGUAGCCUUUCUGACGGGCAAGCCAGGCUCUAAUGUUGUCCUGAGCACACAGGCUGCGUCUCAGGGCCCCCAGUUCCAACAGACCCUGUUCAAGCAGCAAGGAGCCCACACGUCAGGCAAGCCUCUCAGUGUGCACUUGUUGAAUCAAUCGGGUAGCAUCGUUAUUCCCUCCCAGACGGUUCUGCAGGGUCAGAACCAUCAGUUCCUGCUGCCUCAGUUGCAGGCAGGGGGCCAGAUCUUGACCCAGCACCCUGGUGGCCACAUCAUCACCAGCCAGGGCCCCGGAGGGCAGCUCAUCGCCAACCAGAUCCUCGCUGCCAACCAGAACAUCAACCUGAGCCAGGUGUUGGCCUCGCAGGGGCACCCUGGCACCGCCCACAUCCUCUCUGGACACAUCCAGCUGCAGCCCGGCCAGAUGGGUCACCCCACUCUCUUCCAGAUGCCUGUCACGAUAGCCCAGACCCAGACACAGACCCACCCUGUCACGGGCCAUGCCCAGACUGUUAUCCAGGGCAUGCCCAUCCAGAACUCCCUGGCCAUGCUGAGCCAGGUGGAGGGCCUGAGCCCGGCCGUCAGCUUGCAGCCUGCCCUGCAGCCCCAGGCGGGGGGAGUCCCCAGCAGCAGCGGAGCGGCCGUCAUGGCCCAGGGCCAGCCCGGGGAGAGCAUCACCGUGCUGGGGAGCACCACAGAGCAGGCUGCUCAUCCCUCCUCCGUGGCCGUGUCGGUCCCCUCGUCCUCUCCGUCCUUGUCUGUGUCCACCUCGUCCUCCGUGAGUGCCAUGGGGCUGGGCCAGGCCCAGCACAGCCCAGGCAGGGUGCUGUUCACCCCCCAGGGCUCGAGCAUGAUCCUGAGCCAAGAGUCCCUGCAAAUGUUCCUGCAACAGGACCAGCGCCAGCAAACAGAGAAUGACUGCACCCCCUCUGUGGGCAUACCAGCGUCUGUUAUCGUCAGCAGCAGCACCUCUGAUCUGGCCCCCUCAGGCCAUGACGGCCUCAUAUCUGAGGCUCAGGUGGGCCACAGCCUCUGCCCCUCCCCUGGCCCCACCCACAUGGCAACAGUGGUAAAGCAGGUUCCUCCCACUGGUCACCCACAGCCCCUGCGAAUCCAGAGCAUGUCCCCCUCUCAGCCCCUGGCCACGCACACAGCCCCCCCUCCACUGGCAGACAGCCCCCAGCCUUCCCACUCCCCGCUCACCCUGGGUCAGCACAUCCAGUCCCCGCACCACCACCAGCAGCACCAGCAGCACCAGCAGCCCCGCCCCCCGUCUCAGCCCCAGGCCCAGGCCCAGACUCCAUCUCGCUCCUGCACACCCUCCUCCCUCCCCCCUCUCUUCAUCGUCCACAACCAGCUCCCCGGGUCCCCCCAGCCAGCCCCUCAGCCCCAGCAGCAGCAGCAGCAGCACCCCCCGCCGGCUCACAUCCAGGUCCAGCUCCAGCUGCAGCCCCAGGCUCGACCGCCCUCGCAGCCCGCUCCCUUCCAGCCCGACAUGCCUCCCGCCUCCUGCUCCCCCAAGCCCCCCCAGGCCCCUCCUCCGGCCCAGUUCCAGUUCGCGGCGCCCCCCCUCAGCACUGUGGUGAAGGCCCAGGUGCCUCUUCAGGGGCUGACCGCCGAGCAGCAACACCACCUCCAGCUGGUAGCGGCUCAGCUCCAGACGCUGUCCACCAUCACCCAGCCCUCGCCUCAGCAGAAGCAGCUACUGGAGAAGCUGCACCAGGUGCAGCAGAACAUUCUCCUACAGGCCAAGCAGCUUCCGUUUGGCUCCCAGCAAGAUGUGCCUGUCGCUCCGGGUGUGACAUCAGCAGCCAGCGCUGGCACACCUCUCCAGCUCCCCCCACUUCUGCAACAGACAUCAGUGCUCGUCAAGACCCCUAUCACAGCAUCCAACGACCUGCAGGUAUUCUCAGGAUCCCAAGGACCCUGUGGGCCAGUUAACCAGGUGGUUACUCCAGCCAGCCUUACACAAUCUGUACAGACGACAACUUUGAAGAUGCCUUUCUGCAUGGAGCCCAGCAAGGAAGCCAGGAUGCUGGAGCAGCUUAGGAAGCAGCAGGGGUCUGUUCUGUAUCCAGACCAAAGCGCUCCGUUCCGCUCCUUCGAGGACACUCUGCACAGACUGCUGCCUUAUCACCUCUACCAGGGCACCGCGUCCUCCCCCCACGACUACCGCAGAGUGGACGAUGAGUUUGAGAGCGUCUCCAGUCAACUCCUGAAGCGAACGCAGGCGAUGAUCGACAAGUACCGCCACCUGCUCUUCGAGGAAUCCAAACAGAGGCUGGGUCCCUCGGCAGAGAUGGUGAUGAUCGACCGGAUGUUCAUCCAGGAGGAGAAGAUCGCCCUGGGUCAGGACAGGGUUCUGGCCAAGGAGAGACCAGAGGAGUAUGUUGCCAACUCGCGCAUAUUGGAGAGUGUGUCUGCCGUGUCCUCCCAGCACCCCCCGCCUGCUGCCCUCAGCUCUGGGAGGGCUGGAUUUACUGCAACAGAGCCACCUACCGUGCCCACGGGAUCUACCCCAACGCCUGCUCCCCCGGUCCCCCCCCCAGCCCCUGCCCCCGCCCCCAGCACGACCCCCGCCCCGGCACCGCCCCCAUCCCACUUCCCCUCCACCAAGCUGGUGAUAAAGCAGGGUGGAGGGGGGGCUUCGGUGUCCUGGUCCAGUAGCUGCUCUCCGGCCCCUGGUCCAGGGGUCAAACCCCCCGCGGCUGAGGCUGCCAGGCAGAGCUCAUCCUUCAGCCGCGCCCCGCCUCCCUCGUCGUCCUACUCCUCCUCCCGAUUGGCCGAUGACGACGACGCUCUCCCUCAGCGAACUAGCAAACCGCCCAUCAAGACCUACGAGGCCCGCCGACGAAUCGGCUUGAAGCUGAAGAUCAAACAGGAGGCGGGCUUUAGCAAGGUGGUCCACAACACCGCCUUGGACCCGGUCCACACUCAGCCCCAACACAACACCCAUUCCCAGCCCCAGCCUCAACCCCAGCCUCAACCCCAGCCUCAACCCCUAGCGAAGGCCAGCCCCGCAGCCCCUUCCAUCACUACUGUGAUCAGGACUCCUCCCACAACUUGUAGUGCUGCUUCCUCGUCAACGACCUCUGUCGAAACCACACAAUCCAACCUCACCCAGCGAGGCGAGGCUCCCCCCAGCGCUGCCCGCCCCCCCUCCUCCUCCUCCUCCCACCCCUGGUCUUCCUCCACCCCCUCCUCCACCCCCUCCAUGGCUCAGAUGAACGGGACUUUAGAGCACCACGACGUCAGCGGAGUCAAACGCAACCCCGCCUCCACGGCGACCCCGCCCCAGACCACGUGUCGCCUGCCUCUACGGAAGACCUACCGGGAGAACAUCAGCCCCCGCGUCCGUCCGGGGGUACCGGGGGGAGGGGGCGACAGCCUGCCUUACCCCAGGCCUGUCUCCUCUCCCCCCAAACCCCAGACGCCAUCCUCCCCCUCGGCCUCGGACAGGACUGUGAUAGCCAGUGUGAAGCUGGAGAACAGAGGCAGCAGGGAGGCCUCUCACCCACACGCUGAGCCAGGCCUCGAGGGGGGGAGGCUGGGGAACUCGGUCGACGCCCUGGGCCACGUCUUCGCCCCCGGCGUCAAAGCCCCCCUGCAGCCUCAGCGGCGCUCCGACAGGGAGGAGGAGGAGGAGGAGGCGAGGCAUGCGGACCCUGGUGCUGACGCGGGGAAGUACAAGAGGGUCAGCAGUAAAAACAGACAGAGGGAAGGCGGGCCGUUUCGGAUGGACCAGCACGCCCCCGGGCCGCCCUCCCCGGCAGAGUCGUCCUUCGCCAGGGACUCUUCGCUUCCUGCCAAACGCUGCAAGUCCGAUUCCCCCGACAUGGACAACGCCAGCUUCUCCAGCGGCAGCCCGCCCGACGAGUCUCUGACCGACCACCUGCAGAGUGCCAUCGACAGCAUCCUCAACCUGCAGCAGGGGCCGUCCACCCGCCAGGGCAGUAAAAGUGGCAGCUCCCGGUCCCACCACCAGCGGCCAGGCGCCUCAGGGGCCUCGUCCCACAGACCCUCAGUCCCCCCCUCGUCCUCCUCGUCGUCGUCCGCCUCCCUGGCCACCGGUCGCGGUCACAACGGCAGCCUGGUGCCCCAGACUCACAGCAGAUAACAGCCCCUCAGCCUGAGGGCAGACUGAUACACACACACAUACACAGACGGGGACAUUCUGAACAGAAUCACUGUGCUCUGCUGAGCUGUGUCGGCCUAGUUUGUCCAUUUGAAUUGUCCAAAAAGAUUUCUUUGUCGUUUACUACUUGACUCGGUACUCUCGCUGGGGCUGGGGCUGGGGGGGGGGGGU